AUGGUCACCCGUUUGCUAUAUGUACCACGACUCUGGACUGGGGAACUUGUACCUACAGGAGUUGUCACUUCCUUUGCAAACAAUGGCAACGGUGAUCGAGAGCGCUUCUUCGAGACUCGGCGACACCACCCUGCGACCGCCGGACCUUCGUAUGGACCCGCUGGUGUUGCAAUGUUGACACAUCAGAUGUCACUUUCCGGUGGUAUUGGACCAUCAUUGGUUCGAGGCGGCGGACCUUCCGUCGGAAGCUCUAGCAUUGGAGAGCCGAGUGGUAUUUCUGGACCUGGGACAGGCGGGAUAUUUUCUUCUGCCUCCAGCAUUGAUGCUCGUUAUGUAGAAGAAUUGGAGAAUGACUUUUUCGAACUAGAGGAUCGUUAUGACAACCUCCAGCAUGAACGCGAACGACUUGCUUCCGAGAUCGAGGGGAAGACACGCAGCAUAGAAGAGCUUCAGGGAACACUAGAGCAAUACCGAGAAAAGCUGUCUAGCCUCGAGCGAAGAUGCAACCAUCUGGAGGACGAGAUUAAAGGAUAUAGAAUCCUUUAUAAAUUGAAGCUGGCAUGCUCUUCAUUUCGUGUCGGGGGGGGAGGAUUGAUAAAUUGGUUCUGUCAGGUACCAGGGGCGGAUUGUCUUGGACCUGUUACUGUUAGAUUGUGCGAAGGAGCAUUUGGCUCACCGUCCUGUACCGCAAAUCCAUCCAUACUCAACUUUCACCCAUCAUGUGACGGACAUCGUCAGGGCCGGAAACUAGCAGCUACGAAUAUCGACUGA